AUGUCUCCCAUUCGAAGAUCUUGUGAUGCGAAACAUCCCCAUACUGACGAGUUCAUGUUUGCGGCAGACCAGGUAACGUUUCUCGCCUUCUCAGUGGAAGGUCGUUACCAGCUUGAAAGCUGCGGCGAAUCUUCUCGAAAAGCUUUUAAAUUCCUAGGCUUGGAUUGCCUCGGGGAUAAACCCGUUGCCACGAUGGGCCGCGACUACCCCGAGCACUCCGGAAAGGCGUAUUACCGCGGCCAGCAGUGGGAAGAAGAAAGGGCCCAUACUACAACGCUGGCAGGCAACUACACUGAUCAUGGCCGACAAAAUGGUGUGUAUUUUGACGACGGACGACAAGCACCAUACACUGAAAAUGGACGAUUUGCUGGAUACCCUGAUGAUGGACGAUCAACCGGAUACGACGAGAACGGACGACAUGGAUGGUAUACCGACAAUGGGCGCUAUAACAACUUGACUGGAUCGAUGCCUAUCGACAUGGCGCUCCGUGAGCACUGCAGAAUUCCUGUCAAGAGAUAUUUCUUAGCUGUUCAGACCGACGAUGGAAAGAUGCUUUACAUGCACAGCCAACAUAAGCUGGACGAAAGGGAUGUCUUCAACAGAAUGGGGUUUGAGGCCCUUGUCCCUGAAAGGGACCCGAGGCGUCGCAAUCUUGACGCACAUGAGUACGAUGCCUAUGGAGCGUUUGGGCACAGAGGCACAUACGCAAGGUUGGGACACACAUACGAUGGUCCAGAUACAGAUGCUUGGGAAGAAGGCGGAUACGGCAACGGACCACCCAAAGCUCGAAAGCGACACCGUGCCCAAGCCAACUUCCGUGGCGGCCAAGACUCGGCAAUCGUAGACAGUGACCUGACAACUGCAAGCUCGCCGAUUCCGCAGCACAGAGGAAUCACCAUGUCCGAUCAACAAGUUAUCAUGGAAUUUUGCGAGACUCGUUUCAAGAACCUGCAGCAGAUGGCCUGCAAGAUAGUUGCAAAGGCAUGGGUCAAGCUCGUUGAGCCGAAGAAGCAGUCGAACCACCCUUACACCAAUGGAGAUGAUAACGCUCCGGACUGGUGGCCUAAGCCUUGGGGUCCAGGAAAAGACGAGAAGGUGCGGCACAAAGAGCCGGACCAUUUGUGGAAGAGAGAGAGGAUCUAUCUUUUGAACCACAUUCUGCAGCUAAUCGUGCAGCCGAAUCACAAGCAACACCCAGACAUUCAAAAGCUGAAGCUGAAUGUGGCCAAGCUCGAAGAAGCCACAGUCGAGGCUCUAUCUUCAUUCUUCCUGGACAAAGAGAACCCCGGGAAUGCCAGAAGGAAGGUAUACCUGAAAGAGAUAUUCAAAGUGGCCAAGGCGCAAGAGAGAUUUUUGAACGGCGAAGUUGACGGUGACUACAAGGUCUGGGUGAAUGCCGACGACAAGUUCACCGAGGAGAUUCAGAGCGGAGAUGACCACGUUAUUCGAACGAUGAACCAAUCCGAGGAUGAAAUGCGUCAGGCUCAAAUUGGACGAGUUUCUGCGCCUCCUUCUCAACCGUCACCGCUCAAGUCGACAAUGAUGCAACCUGGCUUCACGCCUCAUGGGCUGCCUGGUGCUCCUGGACCCGGUGGUGAUCACACCCCACCACCUAUGCCGCAUGGUGGCGGUGGCAGUGAGCAAUAUUUGAGCGGCGUUCCAGUUCGCACCAUGAAUGAGAUGCCCUCGUAUCAAGCCCAGGAAAUGUAUCCCGGCCUCUCAAGCUCAAGACGAUCCUCGUCGAUUUAUGGACUGACAACAGAAUAUGCUCCUGGCGGCGCCAGCGGAACGGCUGCUCUCCAUAGCAUAUACACAGCCCAAUGGCCCCAUCAAGGACCAGCAUCGGCGACGCCCCCGACCUCGGCGACAGGCAAUCCUGCCAUCAACUUUACCUUCACCUCGCAGCCUCAAACGCUGCCACUGCCCGCCCCAUUCGUGACGCAGGCCGCUGUUCAGACAAGCCAGCAUGCGACAGCAGCGCCAGGCGCAGCCUAUAUGCCCUUCACUCCAGAUGCUUUGCCCAAGAUUGAAUCGGCCAGCGUUGGCGGCGCGCUCCAUUCACCCGAUGGUCAGCAUGCUUCAUCUCAUCAUCAGUCCCAUACCAUGACUUUGGCUCGUCACCCCCUUCCAACUGCUCCCGGAAUCAUGAACCAUGCGCCCUCGAGCUAUUCCGAAUAUGCCGCACAUGAGUCCCGGCACAUACCAAGACCGCUUUCAUGA